CCGCCCCCCUCUCCCCUCCGCUGGGCCCGCAGCUCCCGCUAUGGCUGCGCUGCGGAGGCUCCUGUGGCCGCCGCCUCGGCUGUCGCCGACGCUCGCCCCUCAGCAGCCCUUCCUCUCGCCGUGGGGACGGCCUGCGGGGACGACUCCGGGGAUGUCGGGCCGCCCCUUCUCCUGCCGGGAGGAGGACGAGGGGGCCGUAGCGGAGGCGGCGUGGCGGCGGCGUCGCUGGGGCGAGCUGAGCAUCGCGGCGGCAGCGGGCGGGGGGCUGGUCGGCCUCGUGUGCUACCAGCUGUAUGGGGACCCCAGAGCCGAGCCCUCGGAGCUAGCGGCCCCAGAGCUCGACGACCUGCCCCGCGGUAGGGGGCUGCUGCCCAUCCCGGUUGCUGCUGCCAAGGAGACGGUUGCUACUGGCAGAGCUGUUACUGAAGACUUGGACCUCUGUGCUACAUCUCGAGAGAGACGGUUUCGUUUAUUUGCAUCUAUAGAAUGUGAAGGACAGUUAUUCAUGACUCCACAUGAUUUUAUUCUGGCUGUUACAACAGAUGAGCCCAAAUUUGCUAAAACGUGGAAGUCACUUUCUAAACAGGAAUUAAGUCAGAUGCUCUCAGAAACUCCACCAGUUUGGAAGGGAUCAUCAAAGCUUUUUCGAAAUCUUAAAGAAAGAGGUGUGAUUUCUUACACAGAAUAUCUUUUUCUUUUAUGUAUUUUAACAAAGCCCCAUGCAGGUUUUAGAAUAGCUUUCAACAUGUUUGACACUGACGGAAAUGAGAUGGUGGAUAAAAAAGAAUUUUUGGUGCUUCAGGAGAUAUUCAGAAAAAAAAAUGAAAAGAGAGAAACAAAAGGAGAUGAAGAAAAACGUGCAAUGCUGCGUCUUCAACUUUAUGGAUACCAUUCUCCUACUAAUAGUGUACUUAAAACAGAUGCUGAGGAACUUGUCUCUAGAAGCUACUGGGAUACCCUGAGACGUAGCACAAGCCAGGCGCUCUUCUCAGACCUUGCAGAGCGUGCUGAUGACAUCACAAGCUUAGUAGCAGAUACUACACUUCUGGUACACUUUUUUGGAAAGAAAGGAAAAGCUGAGCUCAACUUUGAAGAUUUUUAUAGAUUUAUGGAUAAUCUACAAACAGAAGUUCUAGAAAUAGAAUUUCUUUCCUACUCUAAUGGAAUGAAUACUAUCAGUGAAGAAGAUUUUGCCCAUAUUCUUUUACGAUAUACUAAUGUGGAAAAUACAUCAGUAUUUUUGGAAAAUGUGCGCUACAGUAUACCUGAAGAAAAGGGUAUCACAUUUGAUGAAUUCAGGUCAUUUUUCCAGUUUCUAAACAACUUAGAAGACUUUGCAAUAGCUCUCAAUAUGUAUAACUUUGCAAGCCGUUCUAUAGGACAAGAUGAAUUUAAGCGUGCUGUAUACGUAGCUACUGGACUGAAACUUUCACCACAUUUGGUGAACACUGUCUUCAAGAUUUUUGAUGUUGACAAAGAUGACCAAUUAAGUUAUAAAGAAUUUAUUGGGAUUAUGAAAGACAGACUCCAUAGAGGGUUCCGGGGUUAUAAAACAGUCCAGAAGUAUCCGACCUUCAAAUCCUGCCUGAAAAAGGAACUUCACAGCAGAUAAAUCCUCCUAAACAAGAAUUGAAGGAUUAUGAUCUCUGUGACCAGGCAAGAAGCAAGAUUUUGAGUGGAUCCAGUGUAAGGUCAGAGCAUGCAGAAAAUGAAGGGAACAUGAAAUGCUAUGAAAUUUACAUUUUUUUUCCUUGAGUGAAGUUUGUCACCGUCAAUCAGGAAAACUGCAUCUUCUAAUAACAAACAGGAAUUGAGCCCCGAGCACCACCAGAGAAAACUUGCUGCAAACACUAAAUAUAAUCAGCUGAGCUUUCACCGUUAUUGACUGGUCUAACUUCUUCAUUCCCUACACAUGGGUAGUCCUGAUGACUAUCUGAGAAUAUUUAGAUUGUUUAUUUAUUUAUUAGAAAUGUCCUUUAUUUCAGAAUAAUUUAUGAAGGAUAGAAUAUAGAUGGAAACAUAUUUUCUUCAGGUUUGCACUGUGAGCGUGUUUUCAUACAGUGAAUAUUGCUUCAGGUUUGUUUUGGGGCCUACAAUUGUUAGUAAGUCUCUGUUAUUUAUCUAGUAUUUAAUUAUACUGAAGUCAUUUCAGAAAACAAGUGAAAAUUUACUAAGCAAUAGGAUGGUUUACAUUGUACUUUCAGCUUUUAAAAGUACUUAUAUAAUAUACAUUGUUGGAUUUAUGUAAAUUUUUGGGUUUUUUUUUUGCUGUUCUUUGUGUGUUUUGUUUUGUGUGUGGUUUUGUACCAAAGCCAACAGAAAUUCAGGUAUUUUAUUUUAAAAGAAAUUUAGAUUUUUUUUAAGAAAACACAGCAGUCAAUCCUGGGAUUCCUACUUGCAGCUGUGACAUAUGGAAAUAAGAUCAGUAACAUAUUGGAUAUUGUUAAUAUAUGUCUAUAGCAUCAAAACUAAUAUAAAUGGCCUAGAAGGUUGAUGUAUAUUUAUUUAAUAGGUAGAAAAUAGUGUUUUGUUUCUUGAAAAAAAGGACCACAUGCAGAAUUGAUCUAAACAGUCAAUAGUGAUGAAUCAUUUAUAUGUAAUCCAUUGUAUCAAAACACUAUGUCUUAAAAGGGAAAAUAAAACUUUCUCUUGAAAAACCUCACUUGAGAGACUAGCCAGAAUGGCUCACAACUCUAAGUCUGCCUAGGCUCUAGUGCAAGCGAGCUCAAGCCAUCUCACCAACUUUGAAGAACCCUGCCAACAAUAAAACUUCUAGGGAAGUAAGUAGCUUAGUGGCAGAGGGUUUGCCUGCCUUAGGUUUAAUUCCCAACUCUGAAAAAGAAAGGGAAGGGAAAGGAAGGAACAGGAAGGAAAUGGAAAGAAAGAAAUAGAAAAAGAAAAAAAUAAAUCCUAGAUUUUCACGUUGAAAAAAAUUUUAGAAUAUUUAAUAGAACUUUGGCUACCUGAUAAAAUUGGUUUAUACAAGGGUAUAUAAAAUAAUACAAUGAGUUUAAGCUAAUAUAUUUAUGUAUUGCAUGUCAAAAGAUUAAUAGAUUCAUUUAUCUUCUUUUAUAAAAUGUACGUAGUAUAAAUUGCAUACACUCCAACCAUUACUUUGCUUUUACAUAGGAAAAUAGGAAACACUGGCUGUAUUUUAAGUUAUUGAAUGUGAAAUUGGUCUGCACCAGCCUAUUUGUAAACUGUUAUUUUGGUGUUAUUAGUAUUGAUUAUGUUUUUUAGACCUUUCCACAUUCUUUGUCUGAUAUUAUUUAUUGCACCAAUAAAGAAAUAGAAAUGUGCAAAUGCA